UCGGAUUCGCUCCAUCAAACAUUUAGCUGCCUUUUUACCUCGCAGUUACGAAGGUGAAAGGAGCGGGUCUCUGUCUUCGAGGGUUUUGGCUUUAAAUGGUUGGCUUUAUAAUACGUGUCCAACUCUCCAAUGACCUGGACCCGUAUUAUGAACUGUCGUUAUGGAUAACGAAAUUCGCUAUCGUCCGCUAUGACUCGCUAUAAAGUUGUUUGACCAGUUUUGGUGUCGUUAUUAUAGCGACACCUAAAACCUGUCGUUAUGAUUCGUUAUGCGUCGCUAUGUGUAAAAUGUGAUGGAAAUUUGAAGAAGGGAGAAGCCAAAAAAGAAUUUAGUGAUAAAAUAAAACACGUAAACGCCAUAAACAGUUGAUAGUAAACAUUUAUUUGCGCCUUUUUUUUGUUCAUAAGUUUGUUAAUUUUGUAAAAUUGAUUUACUUUUAUUACAAAUUAAUUUCAAAAUGCCGUUACAACGAUUUAAUGUCACUCUUCAAAUGGUUGGUGUUCCUCGUAAUAGAAGGAGAAACAAUAGAACUAGAGAUCGAUAUGAUUUGAGACAGAAUAGAGAAGGUUGUUAUUUAGAUUUAGAAGAAGAUCAAUUCAUCAGUCAAUUUCGUUUGAAAAAAAGUGUUUUUCACCACAUCGUAGAUAUUAUGAGACCUUAUAUACGAGUUGGAACUACAAAACGCUCACUUUCAGCAGAAAGAAAGGUGCUGGCUGUGCUGCGAUUUCUCGCUCAAGGAGGAUACCAAGCGAGUGUAGGAAAUGAGUAUGAAGCUGCUAUAGCUCAGUCAACUGUAAGUGUUGUUCUUAAUGAAGUUAUUGAUGCCAUGAAUCUGCUGAUUUGUCCUCGGUUCAUAAAAUUUCCAUCAAUUGAAGGCUUGAAACGCACUGCUCACUAUUUUCAACAUAAAAAGAAACUUCGUAUUCCUGGUAUUAUUGGCGCAGUUGAUGGAACCCAUAUCAGCAUUGUGGGCCCGAAAGAUGAUGCGGAGCAUCCAGAGUUCAUUUACGUGAAUAGGAAACAUUUUCACUCAAUCAACGUUCAAAUUAUCUCUGAUCACAAUUACAAAAUAUUGAAUGUAAAUGCAAAGUUCCCUGGGUCAUCUCACGAUUCUUUUAUUUCGAAACAAAGUCAAAUACGGAGACAUCUUUCAGAUAAUUUUGCAGAUACGCGAUUAUGGUUACUGGGUGAUUCUGGAUACCCUUUGGAACCCUGGCUAAUGGUUCCAUUUAAAUCACCGGAUACCCCUGGAGAAGAAUUGUUUAACAACUACCACGCUCGAUGCCGUUCAACUGUUGAAAGAUGUGUUCUCAAGGGACGAUGGCGUUGUUUAAAGCAAGAAAGAGGUUUACAUUAUCACCCAGUAACAGCGAGCAAAAUUAUUAAUGCGUGUGUGGCGCUUCAUAACAUUUGCAUUGAUACUGACGAUUCAUAUUGCGACAUUGAAAUUGAAGAAGAUGUGCAACUAGCAGAAAAUGCUGUUGUCAAUGCAACAGAUCCACUUCACGUGCAAGGAAGUGAAAUUAGGAAUUCAUUGAUAGCAUAUGUUCUGUAGAUAGAAUGCUAUAACGAAUCAGUUGUACUCAGAGUUGGCGCGAUUCCGGCAAUUUCGGAUCCCGAUUCCGAAAUAAAACCCCCAAAUCCAAAUUUUCGGCUGCCCAAGUUCAUUUUUUCGAUUUUUGGUGAAUUUUUGAAAAUCCAAAAUUGACUAUUUUAGUAUAAAAUGUAUACCUUUCUUUCUGCUGAAAGUGAGCGUUUUGUAGUUCCAACUCGUAUAUAAGGUCUCAUAAUAUCUACGACGUGGUGAAAAACACUUUUUUUCAAACGAAAUUGACUGAUGAAUUGAUCUUCUUCUAAAUCUAAAUAACAACAUUCUCUAUUCUGUCUCAAAUCAUAUCGAUCUCUAGUUCUAUUGUUUCUCCUUUGCAAUUCCGCCGAAAAAGGAAUCGGGAUCCGGAAUCUGAUUCCAGCGAUUCCCACGGCUCUUUUUAAAAAGUCGGAAUCGCGCCAACUCUGGUUGUACUUUGUACUGUACUACCUAUUCUAAGUUUGCUGCAAAAUAUUAUUUAUUGAAUUUGGUGUGCUACUGCUACCCAAAUUAAAAUAGUUUAAAAUAUUACCUAUUGAUUUAUUGAAUUUGGUAUGCUGCCCAAAUUAAAACUCUGCUGCAAAAUAUUAUUUAUUGAAUUUGGUGUGCUGCCCAAAUUAAAAUAGUUUUAGAUUACCUUGUACUCCAUACUGUGGCCCUUCUACUUAUUUUAUUAUUUAUUGUAAAUCUUAACUACAUUGAAUAAAAAUGAUUGAACACA